GAAAUCAGCUGAGAGCAGUUCGGACUGGUUUACAUUAGCAAUUUCUUCGUCAGAGCGAAUUUAAAGAAACGUUCUUUCACCGCUAUGGAUUGGUCGCAAUUGGAGGCUGCAAGAUCCAUGUGGAGUCUUUACACUCCUCCAUCUCCUAAUCCACCCGCAAAAUUCAAUCGAAAAUGCUCGUCGGUAAGCAAUCUGGCAGUUACAGAUCAUACUUCCAUGGUAAAUAUUCCUGAAUCCCGGAUUGUUCUGCACGAAGAAGCAAUACAGCCCGAACCGAAAAAUUCAAAAGUUCUAUUACCAGACUCAAAUAAUUUCUCUAAUCCGAAACUGGGAAAGAAUCAAAUAAAAAACUUGAUUGCUUUAAGUUCGUCCUUCGCUCUUCUCUACUUGGCCUUUUUUUCGUUGCGCAAUUUGCAGAGUUCGCUUCACAGUACAGGUAUCCAUUCUUUGGCUGCCAUGUACAUAUCGUAUAUAGUAGGUUGUUUCUUCGCUGCACCUGCUUUAUCUCUCAUAGGUCCAAAAUGGGCGAUACUAUCAGGGAUGCUAUCAGUACUAGUUUAUAUUGGGUCUAUGUUCUUCCCGGAUUUGCUGAUUCCGGCAAACGUUCUGCUAGGUAUUCUACUGGCCUUCAUGUGGAUCGCCCAAGGAUCGUACCUUACAACAAUAGCCAUGGAAUUCGCACAGAAGACCAUCCGUCCCGUUCGAGCGGUUUUGGGACUAUUUAAUGGGACCUUCCUUUUUUUGCUUCAUCUUUCCCAAAUAGCUGGUAACCUAAUUUCAUCCGCUGUACUAUCACCUACCAUCGAAUUGACCAACAGCAGCGAAGCGAUCCCAAAUCAUACGGCGGAAACCUGCGGCGUCGAAUUCUGCCACAAUCAAGAUUCUACCACCUCUCAACAAAAGUUGCAGAUUGAUUCCUUUACAAUAUUAAUUAUUCUUUUCGCUGCUGUAUCAAUAACGGGUGUUAUUGUACUAAUUGCUUUUCUAGACCAGAAGAAAGAGAAGAGGCAGAUGCUAGGAAAACGAGCGGCAUGUAUGCAAAUAAUGACUAUAUUAGAAAUCCAUAAAGAUUUUAAGCUUCUCCUACUCAUACCACUCAUGAUUUACGUCGGAAUGCAAGAGGCUUUGAUAUUUGGGGAAUUUACACGAGCUUACGUAAGUUGUCUGCUAGGUUUACAUCGAAUCGGCUAUAUAAUGGCCGUUUUCGGUACAGCCGACGCUGUUGGAUCAAUUGUGUUUGGUAAGCUACAAAAGUAUGUGCCCAUAAAUGGUUUCGUUGCGAUAGCUGUUUGCGCGAAUUCAGCUACUUUAUGUGCUAUGUUUUUAUGGGAUCCAAAACCAGAUUUCUUAGUCUGUUCACUAUUUGCUUGCGCGUUAGGCAUCGGUGAUGCAAUAUGGCAAACUCAGUUCUUUAGUCUAUGUGGAAUUCUAUUUGAAGGAAAGACGGACCAGGCUUUUUCCUCAUUACGUCUUUAUGAAGCUUCUGGCUUUGCCAUAUCCUGUUUAUACUCUACUACUCUGUGUAUGAAAUUCAAAUUUUAUAUUAUGUUUGUUAUGCUAGUCCUAGGUGUUGCAUGUUAUGUUGCAAUGAAUGUUAUAAAAAAUUUGAACAAGCCGAAAAAGACCAAUGUCAACGUCAUUCAGGUUCUAUUUGUCGGUGAUAACGGAGUAAAAGAUCGUCUUACUGGUUAA